AUGCCACCAUCAAACGGAGGUCCAGCUGGAUACACCCCACCAGAUGGAGGCUGGGGGUGGGCAGUAGUCGUUGGAGCUUUCAUUUCCAUUGGUUUCUCUUGUGCAUUUGGCAAAUCUAUCAGUGUAUUUUACAAAGACAUUGGAGAAGUAUUUAAAGCCAGCUCCAGCGAAGUGUCGUGGUUAUCUUCCAUCGUGUUUGCUGUCAUGUAUGCUGGGGGUCCUAUUAGCAGUAUCCUGGUGAAUAAAUACGGCAGUCGCCCUGUCAUGAUUUUUGGUGGCUGCUUGUCAGGCUGCGGCUUGAUUGCAGCUUCCUUCUGUAGCACUGUGAUGGAACUUUACAUUUGUAUCGGAGUUAUUGUAGGUCUUGGGCUUGCCUUCAACUUGAAUCCAGCUUUGACCGUGAUUGGCAAGUAUUUCUACAAGAAGCGACCAUUAGCAAAUGGACUAGCCAUGGCAGGCAGCCCUGUGUUCCUCUUUGCCAUGGCCCCUCUCAACCAGGCUCUUUUUGCUCUCUUUGGCUGGAGAGGAAGCUUCCUAAUUCUGGGGGGCCUCCUACUAAACUGCUGUGUGGCUGGAGCCCUGAUGAGACCAAUAGGGCCCAAGCCAACCACUGCAGAGAAAGAGAAGUCUAAAGAAUUCCUUCAGGAAGCUGGAAAAUGUGAUGCAAACAAGGGGGCAGGUAAUCCAAAGACAGGAGUUAAUGGCAGAAACUCCCCAAAGGAGAAACAAUCACUUUCUCAAACAGUUAACAAAUUUUUGGACCUAUCCCUGUUCAAGCACAGAGGCUUCCUGCUGUACCUCUCUGGGAAUGUGAUCAUGUCUUUUGCGGUGGCUGCGCCUUUAGUCUUUAUUAUCAAUUACGCCAAGAGUCAACAUCACUCUGGUGAGAAGGCUGCUUUCCUUCUUUCCAUUCAGGCUUUUGUUGACAUGGUAUCCAGACCUUGUAUGGGAUUUGUAGCCAACACAAAGUGGGUAAGACCACGAAUUCAGUACUAUUUGGCUGCUUCUAUUAUCGCGAACGGAGUAUGUCAUAUGCUAGUUCCUUUAACUUCCAGCUACAUAGGGUUCUGUGUCUACUCGGGAUUCCUUGGAUUUGCUUUUGGGUGGUUUGGUGCCGUACUGUUUGAAACACUGAUGGACCUUGUGGGAGCCGAGAGAUUCUCCAGUGCUGUGGGAUUGAUGACCAUUGUGGAGUGCUGUCCUAUCCUCCUGGGGCCACCAGUUUUAGGUCAUCUCGGUGACAUAUAUGGAGACUAUAAAUACACAUACUGGACAUGUGGCAUAAUCCUUAUUGUCUCUGGCAUCUAUCUUUUCAUCGGCAUGGGCAUCAAUUACCGACUUGAGGCUAAAGAACAGAAGGCAGAAGAGAAACAGAAAAAGGAAAGUAAAGAGAUGGAACCAAAAGAAGUUAUUAAAGCUGCUCAGUCUCCAGAACUGAAUGGCACAGAAGAAGGACCCAAAGAGGAGAAACUCUGA